CUUUCAGCUUGGAAGCGGUCUUCUACUGCAUGUUGUGCUAAGUAAUACUUUGACUCAAGUUAAACUCUCUUUACAGGUUUAGAGAAAAAGGUUUGUGAAUUGCAAGAUGAUUUGGAUCAAAUGGAAGGUUUAAACACUCAGGAGGUUGCAAAAAUCAAACAUAUGCUGCUGAACACAAACAGUGAACUAGAGGAAACAAAGGCAGAACUUAAACAGAAGACAGAUGCCCUCAUCGCUACUGAGUCCAGAUUAAACAUGGUAGACACACUAGAGGAACGAAUCAGAGCUCUUAGUGAAGAUAAAACUUCUUUAGAGGGACAGGUGACCAGCCUUUCUCACAAGCUCAAUGCACUUUCUGUCAGGUACACAUCCCUGGAGGAAACAAAGUCUGAGGAAGUGAGCCACCUCCAGAACAGAGUCAUCACAUUAGAGCAGAGACAUUCACAGACCAAUCUGCAAGAGACAGAGAAAGUGCAGGCCUUGAUUAAAGAGAGAGAAUGUAUGGAACACCAGCUGGAGGAAGCACGACAGCAGCUUACCAACAUAAAAGCUUCAUGGAGUGAAAAGAUAACAACCCUGGAGAAUCAGAUUCAGAACCUUAAUUCAAAGAUUGCAGAGGAUCAGAUGGAUCAGCAGAAAGCAGAAAAGGAAAAUCAUUCACUGACAUUAGAAUUAAGUGCCUUGAAGGACAAAAAUGCAAUCUUAGAUUUGGAAAAAUCAGAAUUGGAGAAGAAAUUAUCAAGUGAAAUUAAGCAACAAAAGGAAGAUCUUGAGACCUUGCAGUGGCAACUCACCAAUACCACAGCCGAGAAGAGCGAACAAAUAACAAUGCUCUCACGAAAACUUGAAGAAGAGGAAAAACUUCACAGGAGUGUAAAAGAAAGCUUGCUGAACCUGGAAAUUAAGAACAGUAGUAUAGAGUCAGAGCUUGCAGGUGUUAAAGAUACUUUAACUGCUACUCAGGCAGAUGUGCUAGUUUCACAAAACGAAAAUAAAACCCUCCAAGAAGCACUGCAACAAGAGAGAGCAUCAGUCCAGAACCUAGAAAAGAGUUUAUCCGAUAGCCAAUCUAAAUUAGAAACAGUAACUGGAGAGAAGCUUAGAUUAUCUCAAAAUCUUGAUGACUAUGUAGAAAAAGUAGCUGCCUUGGAAGAAACUGCAAAGAAAUUAGAAGAGGAAAAGAAAGUGACAUCCUUGGAAAUUUCAAAGUUAACGGAAGAUCUAAGAAAUGUGCAGCAGGAAUGUGUGGAUUUGAGAGAAAAACUGAGUUGCUCAGAGGAGGAUCUUGUGCACAAGAUAGAAGAAUCACAGCUGGUUAUUGACCUUCGGCAAAGCAUCAAGAAUUAUGAAAAUGAACUUGGAGAAAAAAGACAGGCACUCAAGAUACAAGGACAGAGGCUGGCUGACAUGAAGAAGACCAUCCAGAGAGAGUUGCGGCUUUCAGCAGAUACGACGGAUUCAACUGUUGAUUCAAAUCUAGAGAUAAGACCACAAGCUGCAUCUCCAACAUUACCUGGUAUGUAUUUUACAGUUUAAUUUUGUUUUUCCCAUUAUUAUCCUAUCAGUACUUGUUUAUAGUCUUAAAUGUUAUUAAUAUUUUAGUAACACUUUAAUAACCAUAAUAUCAAUAAGAAUGGUAAUAAUGUCAAUAUUAAUAGUAUUGGAAAGAAAAAUAUCUUUUUCUGCCAUUCAAGGAAUACGAAAAUCAAGAUAAGUCACUAGGGCCAACUCAUAGACUCCUUGUUGCUGAGCACACAUGGAGUCAUCUGUAUGUAACAAAACUCACUAAAAUCUAAAGGGGACAGUACACAAACCUGCUGACAUUGGUUUAAAAAAAAAAUUAUAAGAAAAGGAAAUAU